ACACGUCCAUUCAUGGGGCCAGAGUUGAGAGAUCUCUUAGCAGGGAGGACGUUGACCAAAACCCGAUGAGUUUGCUGUCUGAUCUUCAGGAGAACGAGAAGUUCACAGCUUCUGUUAUUCAGAAGAAACAGGAUUUGGAAGCUUCUUGGCGGCGAUAGAUGUACAGAAGACACAUGAUGUGCUGCUGAGUGCUUCGGAGAUCUCGCACAGCUACAGCCAAAAACUUCUGGUCAUGACUGACACAGAAAAGUCCACAAAUGCCAGAGUCCAACAGGAAUACAGCAUGGAUCCUCACCACUCAGUAAUAAUCAGCAACGAAUGCCUGAUCAACGCCUCGUGUGUACCAGAAGCAGACAGCUACACCUUGGUGAAAAUAUUUGGGAGUGUUUCAGAAGAUGGACAAACCGUGUCUGGCCUUUCUGGUUCUGCCCUUGCAGAGCUGAUGUUGACACCGUCACUGGAAACGGCGCCCGUCUUCUCUCUCGAUGGAAACACAACCAAAGACUUCCAAUGGAACUUCAUUCGAGUUUUUACGGCCCGUGGCAUUACAACAGUCCUAGAAACCACCCAGGAGAAUUACCAGACUUACCAGGUCAUGAAUCAACUUGAAGAAGUUUCUGGAUACCAAAUUCCACAAAGACCGGUUGACCACAGCACCCAGUACGACCACCAGCAGAUCCUCAUCCUGGAAGAUGACCCUGUUGUCAGAAAAGCUGCUACGUAUCUGUAUGAGAAGCAUCCAACGGUUUCCUCUUUCUACGUUCUUGAUAACAACCAAAGACCAGUACUGAUCCGGGGUGACCCCGUGUCUCUGACAGAGGACAGCCGGCUGGUGCUGGUCAGCCACGGAGGGAAAGACAACUCAGGAGAAAUGAGACUGGGUGGAUACAAAGCGCAAGAUGUCUCCAAAAUCAUCCAACACACCUCCAGGGAUUCCAAUAAAAUAAAAACAAUAAGCGUGGUGGCCUGUGACGUCGGAUCAGAUAAAGCCUUCACUGAAACGCUGCUGAAGGAUCUCCAUGGGAACGGCAUUGAGACGGAGCUGCACAUAAGGGACGCUGUGCUCCAGGUCCAACACACAGGAGACAAAAUCACCCAAGAGAUCACUAAGGAUGGACCGCAAUGGCGACACAAAGACGACAGCAAGAAGGUGGUGGCGACCCUCGAUAGGAACGGAGAUGUCAUUAUUAGAACUGAGCCCGGCAGUAAGGAACGGAAAUCUUUAACGCUGAAAGGAACUUUCUAGGUAAAAAAAAGAAGAAGUCUCAGGUCAUACAGAAGACAACAUUAAACCUCCAGAAGCAAACAAGACAGCUGGCCAGAGGUGCCAAGGAGAUUUAUUAACGUGAACAUCUUUGAGGAUUUUAAUGAAAUUGAACGUGAUAAAGUACGUAAAGCUUGUAAUGAACUUGAAGCUAUGUCCUGGGGAUUGUUUCACGACGAAAAAAUACCCUCUCCAC